AAAUUGUGGAAGCUGAAGGGACUAUAUUGUGAAUGGGGGCGACAGAGUUGAAGUAGAAGUCGAAGUAGAAGAGAGAGAAGCCCCGAAACCCAAAAGAAAAAAAAGAAAAGAAAAAAAGAAGCGUGCUCCACUAUAAAAUCUUUCCUAAAUUCUCGUCUCCUUCCCUACUCCAAACUCUUUUCUUCUUCUCCAAUUAUUCAAUUCCUCACAAUCACUGCUUAGUAUCCUAUAUAUAUAUUUUGCGGAAUAGGAUUGCACCAACGCGCACCAACUGUUUGUCGAAAUUCCGAAACCACUUGUCCCUGCAUAGUCCAGCAAAGAUGAUGAUCAGAAUCCGGAGCCGCGACGGUCUGGAGCGGGUCUCAAUCGACAACCCGCGCGCCACCGUCGCCGCGCUCAAGUCGGCGAUCGAAUCCCAGCUCCGGGUGCCCGUGCAAGCCCAGAUUCUCUCCACCAAUCAAAAUUUGCUUCUUGCCAAAACCCAAACCGAUCUGACCCGGUUCACGGACAUGAUCGACCCAAACACUGGUCUGGGCGCGCUUAACAUCGGCCACGGCUCAAUUGUCUACCUCGCCUACGAGGGCGAGCGCACGGUGGCGGGGCCGACCUUCCACCCCUCGGGCUCGUUCGGGAAGAAGAUGACCAUGGACGACUUGAUUGCCAAGCAGAUGAGGAUCACGCACCAGGAGAACCCUCAUUGCGAGCUCGUCUCCUUUGAUCGCGACGCCGCGAAUGCGUUCCAGCAUUAUGUGAAUGAAAGCUUGGCUUUUGCGGUGAAGCGCGGCGGUUUUAUGUACGGGACGGUGUCGGAGGAGGGGAAGGUGGAGGUGGAUUUCAUCUACGAGCCGCCGCAGCAGGGGACGGAGGAGAAUUUGAUCCUCUUGAGGGACCCUGAUGAGGAGAAGUUGGUUGAGGCCAUAGCUUUGGGGCUGGGGAUGAGGAAAGUGGGUUUUAUAUUCACGCAGACGGUCAGUCAAGAUAAGAAGGAUUACACGAUGUCGAAUUCGGAGGUUUUGCAGGCGGUGGAGCUGCAGGCGGAGGGGGAUUUGAAAGAGUGGGUGACUGCUGUGGUGAAACUGGAGGUGAAUGAGGAUGGAGGAGCAGCUGUGCAUUUUGAGGCUUUUCAAAUGAGUGAUAUGUGUGUUAGGUUGUUUAAAGAGGGCUGGUUCGAGCGGGAUCUCCAAGAGGAGAUUGAUCCCAAGCUGUCGAGGAUGAAGAAGGACGUCGUCGUUGGAGGGAAAGACACCAAAGAUGUGGAUAAUGACUUCUUCAUGGUGGUUGUUAAGAUUGUUGAUCACCAGGUUAGCCUUUUUUCUGUUUUGCCUGAGGAAAUUUUCUUUCUUUGUCGUUAUGCAUUUGUUAUUUAUUUAUUGAAACUACAUUGCGCCAGUUCCUAGAAAUUUAUCAAUGGUUCAGCUAGAGAUUGGUUAGCUAAUUUGAAUUAUAUGUUUGAUGGUAUUGAUUGGGGUUGCAUACCUGUGAGUUUCUCGUGUAGCUUAACAACAUGACUGUUUAUUCUUUUAGGGGCGGUUACCUUGCAUGAUUCAUAAAAACAUGAUUAGUAUUUUUAUCCUCAAGACUAGAAUUUCUUCAAUCUCACCCUCUCAAUGGAAUAUGAAUUAAGCAACACUAGCUCAAAUGAUGGAAAUUAUCAAGGGUCUUCAUAUAUCCUAAAGCUUCAAUCCAUCAUAGUAAACAAGGGACU